UAUUUUUGUUUUGACAUUUGUUUAAAAUUUCGGCAAUUUCUGAUUGAAUAUCAUAAUUGAUUAUUACAAUUGAAAUAGGCAAUGGACAAUAAAAUAUCAUUAUCAGGAAUUGAAUAAUAAAAAAAAAUUCUUCUUAUAUUAAAGAAAAAAUUAAUUUUCUUGCAAUAUGAUUCGUUUAUUACGUAAUACCAAGUCUACAUAUUUUUCACGAUGCAUUUCUACAACUGCACAAAACCACGGAUAUAUUGUAUUAGUGCCAGAAAUUGGAGAAGAUGACAAUUUUUCUCAAACAUUAAUUGAUGAAAAAGGUCUUCUAAGAUUCAAUGGAUUAACAAUCGAAAAUUGUCUAGCGGCAGUUUCAAAACAAGCCAAAGAUGUUGAGAUGACAGUUAAGUCUAUUGAAACCAAAAUUACACUAGCUGAAAAUGAUGAAAAAAUUGAUUUGAAGGAAGAAAUUUUUAAGAAAUUGGAUGAAAAAAUUGGCCCUUUAGAAACCACAUGGGGUAUUGCUAAAGCAAUCUAUUUGGGUAAUAGUACCUUAAUGCCGACAAAAUCGUAUAUGAGUGUUCAUGAAAGAGCACGUAGCGCAAGAGCGGCAAAGUUUUCAAAUGAUGUUAUAUUUAAAGAAAUUAAAAGCCAGUAUGAAAUAUUGAAAAUUGAUGAUUCAGAAUAUAAGAGACUUAUACAAAAAUUUUUGCUUGAAGGAAAAUUGAAUGGUUUAGAUUUGCAAGAAUCGGACAGAAUUCAAUUAGAAGAUAUUUCACUAAAACUGGGACAAGAAAGAGCAUCCUAUAAAAAUAAAGUCAAUUCAGUUGUGAGCGGGUUUUCACACUUAAUUAAAGAUUAUUCUUUGGUAAGAGAUUUCCCUCCUAAUGUGCUAGAAGCAAUUGCUGUAGAUCAUAAUAAACCCACAAAUGGUCCAUGGAAAAUAAGCUUGCAACCCUAUAUAGUGAAACAAUUUUUAAAAUAUUGUCCAGAUAGGAUUCAACGAUGGAAUAUUUGGCAGGCUGAUAUUAGAAAAUGUUCUCAAUUAGCAGAGAAGAAUUUUGAAACUAGUACACAUUUGGAAAAAAUUAGGGGUUUAAGGAAAAGACAAGCUGAAGUUUUGGGUUACAAAACUUUUGCUGAUAUGUCAAUGCAAACAAAAAUGAUAAAAACUGUAGAUAAUGCAAAGGAUCUUUUUGCUAAACUUCUAAACUAUGCUGGACCUCUGCAACAAGCUGAAGUGCAAACAUUACAAGAUUUUGCCAAUAAUUCAGGCUUUGAACGUAAACUUGAGCCUUACGAUAUAUUUUAUUGGCAACGGAAAUUUUUAAAAUCAAAUUUUAACUUGGAUGAAAAUAACGUUUCUGAGUAUUUUACCCCUCCAAGUGUGUUUGCAGGAAUGUUUGAAAUAGCAGAAAUCGCUUUUAAUAUAAAAAUUUUAGAAAAAGAGGUUGAAGUAUGGCAUCCAGGUGUUAAGUUUUAUGAAGUUUUUGAUUUAAACCGAACGGUUUCCGAUCCUGUAGGCGGUUUUUACUUAGACUGUUACUCGAAAGAACGAAAUCAUAACAGAAAUUUUGGUUGGAUGGUUGGCAUCAGAAAUCGAAAUGUACAAUUGGGGCAAAACCCAUUGGCAGCUUUGAUAUUUAAUUUUAGUUCACCAGUUUAUAAUAAACCCCAUUUGCUUACAAUGGAAGAUUUGGAAAUGAUAUUUAGAAAUUUUGGUUCUUUACUUCAGCAUAUAUUAACACGUGCAAAUUAUGUGGACUUAGCUGGAUUAUCGAAUAUCGAAUGGGAUGCAUCGCAAAUCUGUGGUCAUGUUUUAUGUAAUUUCCUUAAUGAUGAUAAAAUUUUAAAAAAACUGUCAUCACAUUAUGCAAAUGAAGAACAAAUACCGGAUGACAUAGCCAAGAAUAUAAAAUUAUUCAAAACUUCAAUGAGUGCAUACGAACUAUGUAAAGAGCUUUAUCUAUGUGAUCUGGAUCUCGAAUUACAUUCUAAAACGGAAUUUUGGUUAGAUAUUGUUAAAAAAUUAUGGCCAGUUUACCAUAUAAUGCCUUUAGAGAAAAUUGAUGCUCACCCAUGUUCCAUGUCAAAUAUAUUUUCUGGUGAUUGGGGUGCAGCUUAUUUUAGUAAUUUACAUUCUAGACUGAUAGCGGCUGACAUUUAUGAUGCUUUUGAAGAAAAAUCUAAAGGAGGAGACGCUGGUGUUCGUUUCAAAGAAACAUUUUUAUCUCUUGGUGGUUCUAUUAAAACAGAAGAAAUAUUUCGAAGAUUUAGAGGAAGGGAUCCAACAUCUGAAGCAUUGUUAAGAUCGCUAAAUUUAUUAGGGGCUUCUCAAACAUCUUAUUGUUAAUAUUAAUUCAGUUAAUUUCGUCUUUGUUUAAUGGCAAUAAAUAUUUUUUAUAUACAUCUUUGUUUUUGUUGAAAAUAAUAAAAUUAUUUCUACGGUAAUAUUGUUGAUUUUCUUAAAUGCA